GGAGUGGUUUAAGCAUACAGGUGGGUUUAAAGCAAAACGAAAAAAACAGAAGAGAGAGAGAUAAAAGGCUGUUGCUCGACCAUGUUGGAUUAACAAACAAGAUCAAGAAGCAGCAGCAGAAUUUCCUUCCUUGGCUUUUACCUCCUGCUCUAGCGCGCGUUUGCUCAACUUUCAGUGCCUUUCAUCGUUUUCAAUCUCCAAUAACCCCAUAUUCAUUAGACACGUAGAGAGAGAGAGAGACAGAAGAGGAGAGAGGCAGAGGGCUUACUUUAAUUCUGGGGUUGGGGUUGGGGAGGCUUAAAUGGUGAGAAAGGGGCUGGAAAGAGAGGGAAUGCGACUCGGGAAGUACGAACUGGGAAGGACUCUGGGAGAAGGCAAUUUCGGAAAGGUCAAACUGGCCAAGAACAUCGAAACUGGCGAGCCUUUUGCUGUUAAGAUUCUGGAGAAGAACAAGAUUAUUGAACUCAAGAUUACUGAUCAGAUAAAGAGGGAGAUUGCCACCUUGAAGCUCCUCAAACAUCCUAACGUCGUCAGAUUACAUGAGGUGUUGGCAAGCAAAUCCAAGAUUUAUAUGGUCUUAGAAUAUGUGACUGGCGGGGAAUUGUUUGACAGAAUUGCUUCAAAGGGGAAACUUAAAGAAAACAAAGGCAGGAAGCUCUUUCAGCAGUUAGUUGAGGGAGUGAGCUACUGCCAUACUAAGGGUGUUUUUCACAGAGAUCUUAAGCUAGAGAAUGUUCUUGUUGAUGCUAGAGGGAACUUAAAGAUAUCUGAUUUUGGCCUCAGCGCCUUACCUCAACAUUUUCGGGGUGACGGCUUACUGCAUACAACCUGUGGAAGUCCCAACUAUGUUGCUCCAGAGAUUCUUGCAAACAGAGGUUAUGAUGGUGCCACCUCAGAUGUAUGGUCGUGUGGUGUUAUCUUGUAUGUGAUUCUCACCGGAUAUCUUCCUUUUGAUGAUAGAAAUCUCGCAGUUCUUUAUCAGAAGAUCUUCAAGGGAGAUGCUAAGAUGCCAAAAUGGCUAUCACCGGGCGCUCAAAACAUGAUAAGGAGAAUUCUUGAUCCCAAUCCCCUCACCAGGAUUACAAUGGCAGGCAUCAAAGCAGAUGAGUGGUUUCAGCAGGACUAUACUCCUGCAAAUCCAGAUGAUGAUGAAGAUGUAUAUAUUGACGACGAAGCAUUCUCAAUGCACGAAGAGCCAUCUGAAGCAGAUAAGAAUCCAGGCUCGCCCACUCUAAUUAAUGCCUUCCAAUUGAUUGGAAUGUCCUCGUGCUUAGACCUCUCUGGCUUCUUUGAGAAAGAGGAUGUCUCUGAGAGGAAGAUCCGAUUUACAUCCAAUCACACGGCAAGGUAUUUGCUUGAGAAGAUCGAGGAUAUUGUAACAGAAAUGGGGUUUAGUGUUCUGAAGAAAAAUGGAAGGUUGAAAGUGAUGCAGGAGCACAAUGGGCAGAAAAGUCUAGGUAGCCUUUCAGUUGCAGCAGAGAUGUUCGAGAUAAGCCCAUCCCUGUAUGUAGUUGAGUUAAGAAAAUCGUAUGGAGAUUCUUCAGUUUAUAGAGAUCUGUGUAAAAAGCUGUCAAAUGAUUUAGGAGUUGGCCCAAGGCAAGAGAUGUUGACAUGACCACCGAAUUGUGAAGCAGUUCCUUGUUAGGCCAGACACUAUUGGAUGUUAGCCUUGGAGAAGUGCAGUUAACUGAACUUAAAAUUCAAAAAAUGCAUACUUACGAAAAUCAAUUUUUAUCUCUGUUGCAUCCUCCAACUCAAAAUUAGUAGAUAUGUUAUUCAAUUAAAUAUUCAAGUGGUAAAGAUUGGCAAAACAGAUUGUAUUGGGGGCCAGAGAAAGAUGUCAAGUUAAAAUAGUAAUUUAUAUAUAUAUAUAUAAGAAUAAUUUCUUUCGUUUUAA